AGGAACACAGAGGAAGAGAAAUCAGCCAGAAAUCAGCUCUUCACUGAUCUGAUCCGCUCCAUUGAGAGAUGUCAGUCUGAGCUGCUGAAGAAGAUGGAGGAACAGCAGAAAGCAGCAGAGAAACAGGCUGAAGAUCUCAUUAAAGAGCUGCAGCAGGAAAUCACUGAUCUGAAGAAGAGAAACUCUGAGCUGGAGCAGCUCUCACACACUGACGAUCAUCUGCACCUCCUACAGAUGUUCUCAUCUCUGUGCAGUCGUCCACACAUCAAGAACUGGACUGAGAUCAGGAUUGACUCUGAUGUGAAUGUGUAUUCAAUGAAUAGAGCUCUGAUUCAGCUGGAGAAAACUCUAUAUGGGAGACUAAAAAAAAUUGGUCAGACUGGGUUGAAGUGUCUACAGAAGUUUGCAGUGGAUGUGACUCUGGAUCCUGAUACAGCACAUCCAAAACUCAUCCUGUCUGAUGAUGGAAAACAAGUCAGUCAUGAAGAUAUUGUGCAUGACGUGCCAGAAACCCCAAAGAGAUUUGAUAAAACUAUUUCUGUUCUGGCAAAGCAGGGAUUCAGUUCAGGCAGAUUUUACUAUGAGGUGCAGGUGAAGGGAAAGACUGGGUGGAAUUUAGGAGUGGCCAGAGAAUCUAUUAACAGGAAGGAGAAGAUCACACUGAAUCCAGAGAAUGGAUUCUGGGCUGUGUUUCUGAGGAAUGAGAAUCAGUAUAAAGCUUGUGAAAGUUCACCUGUCUCUUUCUCUCUGAGAGUGAAACCUGAGAUUGUGGGAGUGUUUGUGGAUUAUGAGGAGGGGCUGGUCUCUUUUUAUGAUGUGGGCUCCAGCUCUCAUAUCUACUCUUUCACUGAUCAGACUUUCACUGACAAACUCUAUCCAUACUUUAACCCAUGCGUUAAUAAUAAAGGUAAAAACUCAAAACCACUGAUCAUCUCACCUGUUAACAAAUAAAUUGCUCUGAAAUAUGAAACAAAACGUAGAAAGAUUAUGCAAAAGCUUUUUAUUAUUAUCAUUAUUUUUGUUUAAAAUUAAAUGUUUCUAAAUAUGUUCCACAAAAAAAUGUAAGUUGUCACAGCUACAGACUGGACCACGAAAACCCAAAAUGGGAUUUUGAUUUCCACAAAUGGAAGCUCAUUUCAAUAAAU